AAUUUGAAAGUUUCUUACAUACACAGGAUGUCUUUUCAACCUUAUUUAAAUGCCUCUGUACAUUGUGCAGUAGGUUUCAACUGACAUUUGUCAUCAUCGGGUGUUUAAAAUUGUCGGUGGAAACUGCUUUGCUUUCGUUUUGUGGUUUUAAUGUUCGGUGUGUUAGAACUACAAAACGAAAGCACAGCAGUUUCCAUCAGUAAGUGAUGGUGACCAGUGCUGGUCCAAACGUGUUGUGCAAGAUACAGAAGCAUGUAAAUAAGGCUUAAGAGACUCAUUGUGUGUAUGUAAGAAACUUUUAAAUAAAUUUUAGAAGGACGCGUUGCACGUAAGACGGAGAAUCAGUGAUAUUAGUUGAAUAGUAAUGAAUUUAUUUUUUAAAUUAGUUCGUUACAGUAAGUGUGAGUAAACUUUUCUUCGUAUAGACAGGUUAAAGAACUGGAGGAAAACAGUUGAGUUUUGUUGAUCUAGUGAGAUUGAUAGUUUGAAAGCUGAAGACAACUGAUGCAUGUAAAUAUUCAUUCACUCCUUGGAUUAAUUGCUGAGUCAUGAGGUGGCGUUAACAGUGUUGUGAAGCCAGGCCCAAACACAAAACUGAGCAACAGACCUGAGCUUCUUGGUAUCUGCAGUCUCUCCAGAGUAGCCCAUUCAGGUACAUCUCCGACUGUGUUAUCUUGGUUGCUGGAAAAAAGAAAGGAAAACUGCGCAGUAUGGAUUCCCAAAACUGAUUACUCAUGAAUUAUGUGAUUAUAAUUGAUUAGUUUUUGUCUCUCAUGAGAGAAACUCAUCCACUUUAUAAAAACAAUGAUCGAGUAGGUUAAAUUUACAGAUAUAAGGGGAACAUACAGUUAUCUUUAACCAUGAAUUUUGUGAAAAUUUUGAAUUCAAAGCUCAGUGUUGAAGAAAUUUCAAACUUGGUUUCAUCACCUUCAUGUGGUGCUAUAUCUCUUUUUGUUGGCACUACCAGAGAUAAUUUUGAGAAUAAACAGGUUGUGCAAUUGGAAUAUGAAGCAUAUGAACCAAUGGCAGAGAAGACAAUGAGGAAAGUAUGCGAAGACAUACGCAGAAAGUGGAAAGUGGAACACAUAGCUAUAUAUCACAGGUUGGGCAUUGUGCCUGUGAUGGAGGCAAGUGUGGUGAUAGCAGUAUCUUCACCACAUCGAGCAGAGGCUCUUCAAGCUGUCCAGUAUGCUAUUGAUACCAUUAAAUCUUUAACACCUAUCUGGAAGAAAGAAGUUUAUGCUUCUGAACAGGCCGAGUGGAAGGAAAAUAAGGAAUGUGCAUGGAAAACAGGCAAAAUCUUGCUGGAUAAGAUAAAAUUGGAGUCAUCUGAAGAAGUGCGAGUCCCAGAUGUACAAGAGCCUUAUCCUGUGCCUACAGAAGUGCCACCACACUUCAUACAAAUUAAAGCUGGAUGCAAAGAAAUUGCAUGUCGCAUCAGUUCAUUCAUUAAACGAAAACGAGAGCAGGUGAAUUUGGGAAACAUCCAAGACUUUUGUUACCAUGGCAAUGCGACAGCAAGUGAUAGCUCAUGUGCAAGAAUUGAUGCCCUGUUAAUUAGAAGAAAAGACAGUAAAAGUCAUCUACGUGUUCGACGUGUGUUGAAUCCUUGGGGUCCACAGACAAGAGGUAUUGAUCCAGGAUCCAUGGGCUGUACUAACCCUCAAGAUCCAGUAAAGACACUUUUUAAAAUGAAUGUGAAUGAAAAAUCUCCAAAUAAGCCUGAUAUAUCUGUUGGAAUGGCUGGUCCUGUGGGAAUUGAAGAGAGACUGAGCAAUGCAGAAUGCCAUUUGAAACUACAUGGUCCUGUGCCAAAAGACAUCUACUCUCGCCUUAAGCAAAUUGAGGAUCGCAUACUUCAUUUAGAAGGACUUUCACCUGAAUACUUCCAGUUCUGGGAAAAUGCUCCAUUUGAAGAAGAAUCAGAAGUCAAAUACAGACAAACAAGAAAGCGAACAUAUUCUACUGCAGAGUUGGAAAACAAGUUGUGUGAUUUGGAAUACAAGUUAUCAGUCAAAGGGAAGUAAUGAUAGCAGACUAUGUCAUACUUCUAUUAAAGACUUGCUAAAAUAGAAAAUAAACAGUGAAUGCCUUUGGCACCUGUUUUUCAUUUACACUUGCUGAAUAUUUUAGUUCUGUCUCCUAGGUGUGUGUACAGCAUUGAGUAUGCAUCAAUACGAGUAAUAUUUAAAAUUUAAACCAUUUCAGUUUUAAUAUCUUACUGUCAGUUUAAUUUUGUUUUGUGUGACUGUCCUGUAACUGUUGACAGCUCAUGUGGUUAAAUAAAUAUGGUGGGGAGAAAACACUGUCCAUAUACUACCGCUUCUGCUGUCCUAGUGACACUUUUCACUGUUGCAUAUAGCAAAUAUUAUCUGUGUUUCAUUCAGCAUGGUCUUUCUCAAGUAUCCUUUCCUACUGUAAGUCUAUGUAGCUGUGUCAUGUACUGUAAAUCGUUAUACCGAAGCAUUUAUAUCUCUUAGGAAUGUAUUGCUUGAAAAUAACCUUCACUUUGAGAAAACAGUAACUUAUUUCACAGCUUUCAGACGGAUUGUACACUUCAGCAUGGGCACAAUAGAGCCUAUCAAAAUGUACCAGGUCUUGUCACUUUUGUGUAGUUGAUUCAUACUAAUGAGAAACUGUAGGAAUUUUAGUAAAUAGGGGAGAAAAUUACUGUAAAGUGGUGUAUGGAAUUUCUCAGGAAUUGGAAAGUAGUAUUUAAAAUGUGUCCCUUAAGUCAUGUCCUAUUUUUAUUAUAGCCAAAAAUACUUAUCUCAUAUACAGUCAUGCUAAAGGUUGUGUCUAUUGUGCCCUUUCAUUCCAGUACACAGCAGAUGCAAAGAUAUGAACUCAGAAUUUUCAUUUGUGAAGUGAACUGUUAUGACCAUGAGGGUAAAAGAUAGCCAAUAGACCUUUUGAAAAUGUAGCAAAGUUCAAAUAUUCAGGAAUGACAAAAAUACACAAGUAACCGAUUUACAGAAAUAUUAAAAGCAAAUUAGUUUUGUGCAGUGCUUGCAGUUCUGAACAUUUUGUCUUCUUGCCUGCUACCUAAAAGCAUAAUGAUUAAUAUGCCCAAAACAAUAAUAGUGCCGUGAAACUUGGUCUCUCACACUAAGGAUAAAAUAUAGACUUCAGGUAAUUAAGCACUGUGUUGAGAGUAUCUGAUCUCAAGAUGAAGUAAUAGUAGUAGUGAAAGGUUGCCGAAGCUGCUAAUUUUGUUUUUGUGCAGUUAACUGAGUAAGAGCCUGGUUUAUACUACAAACACCACCCAGACUAUGCUAGGCAGGACAAAAUAGAUUUGGUUUGGGAAAGAAUUUCUCAUGAGACGGCGUCAGGAUCCAGGUUAAGUUGUUUCGGAACAAUAUAAUUGCCUCAGUUUAAAUUGUCAUAGAACGGAUGCCCCCAGUGUUUUCUUCUCUUAGAACUGUAUUUAAGCAUCCUGUUGCAUUAAUGUCAGUUAUUUCGCAUAUAUUUUCAUCUUAAAUGCAACUUAUUAUUCUGUAUUUCAGCAUCCUGUUGCAAUUGUAUAACUUAACGUCCAUGUAUUUAUCGU